AUGAGGAAUGGUAGCGUUGGUAGCAUUGGUAGAGUUGUUGGCACCGGUGUUGCAGAUAUCGUGCCGUUAGUUCACUCAAACCAAACUGACAUAUACUGUGAAUAUGCGCUCUUCGGCUCACAGCGCGGCUCUUCUCAAUCGCUACUGACUCUUGCCUUCAGUGGAAAGUCUCAAACCUGUCUAUCACUUCUCAUUUCAACGCCAAUUCCUUAUAGUUCAUUAAUAUUGGAGACACAAAGCAUACAUAAUAGGAAUAAAAACAUUUGGAGCGCUUCUCGUGAAUACAAAAUGGAUUUCGAUUUAACAAACAAUACGACCGCUAAUAUCACUAUACCGUUGUGUCUCAACCAAAGCACUCAACCAAUUGAUAAUACAUCCAGAGAUUUAUGUAUUACAAACAAUUGGACGGCAACAGAGCCACCGGAUACAGAUUGGGAGCUGCCGUUCAAUACAUGGCAAACAGUAUUCAUAGCUACCUGUAUAGGCAUUUGCAUUAUUCUCACAGUUUUAGGCAAUAUUCUAGUGUUAACCGCAUUUGUGGUCGAGAGGGCUAUUAGACAACCGAGCAAUUACUUCAUCUGUUCGCUGGCGGUCUCUGAUCUGUUCAUAGGAAUCAUUUCAAUGCCAUUUUAUGCCGUUUACGUACUGAUGGGUCGCUGGGAAUUGGGUCCUAUUCCGUGUGAUCUAUGGCUGGCCACCGAUCACACGGUAUGUCUAGUCUCUAUAUAUACAGUUCUUCUCAUAACUGUCGACAGAUACUGUUCCGUAAAAAUUGCUGCUAAAUAUAGGAGUUGGCGAACAAAACGAAAGGUGCUUUGGAUGGUAACCAUCACAUGGAUUGUACCGUUUCUAGUCUUCUUCAUAAGUAUAAUGGGUUGGGAAUACUUUGUGGGUAAACGAGAGUUAGAGCCGUACGAGUGUGCCGUUCAGUUUCUCAAGAAUCCUGUUUUCAACACUUCACUCAUAAUCGGAUAUUUUUACGUCACUAUAAUUGUGCUGUUCAUCCUCUAUGGGGGCAUAUAUAAGACGGCCAGUGAUAUGGCGCGUAAGGCUGAGGCCAAACAGAAAAAGAUGCAGACAUUAGUAUCGAUGAGUCGACCCAAUGAUCCCAAACCAGGUAUUGUGAUCUCAAAAACUCAAAGCACUCUUUUAAGUCAAGACAAACCCAAAGGCCAGCAGAACCUGACCGCCGGUGCCAAUGACCAGCACGAAGUCGUCGGUGCGCACAAUGCCGUCAAGAACUUAGAGACAACCAGUUUUAACGAGAAGAAGGAUAACUCAGAUCAGGACAGAUCCAGUUCUCCUAUCUUUGAUUCCGAUGAAGAGUCGCCGCCAACACAACAGUCCCUUCCGGUUAAGCAGAAAGUGAAGAGCAAAACGGCUAAAGUGUCCAAAAGUGGGAAACAAAAAAUCUGUGCCAAUACAAGCAAAAAGAGUUCCACUAUUGAAGCCAUAAUUCAACCGCAGUCAGCGCUUACGGCACUAAUACCCCGAUCACCGCUCAUCACAACCACCACUAAACUCGAUCUCAAUCCUCCUUUGAGUGUAAUUACAGAUAAUUCUGUGAAAACAUCUAAAUGUUCGACAGAAUCGUCGGAAUUGAAAAGAAAAUCCGAUUUAAACGCUAAACAAAUGAGAGAUGACAGCGAAAACGUAUCGAUCGAUGACACGGACGCAUCAAUUAAUAAUCACCGCCGACCGGAACCGCCUUCAACUCUGGACAUUAAGCCCAUUAUCAACGAAGAGCCACCGAUUCCUAUGGAAGAAAAUCAAUUUGCAUUCAUUGAUCAGGAAAACAGUUUAGCGAUUGAGUCUUCCAAAUGCAGCGCUUGUUUAGUGAGAGAAAGUGGCUCUCAUUGUACCCAACAGUCCAACAGUGCAGCCAAAGGUGUCCACAACUGUAAGACUGGGCUGUCAUGUGAACUAAAUGGCAACAAGUCUUCGCCAGUAAAUGCAAAGUCUGUUCCAUCGACCGGAAGGGUUACCACUUAUGUUGACUGCAAUCUCGCAGACAAUUCCAAGACAACGACUCGCGUUACAAAAGCCGAUGAAUUACAGCCAAUUAUAGAUAACGAGCCGUCGAAUAGCUGUGCAGUGAAUAAAGAGUACAGAGAGUACAGAGAGUACAGAGAGUACAGUCCCGUCAGUCCUGUUCAGGCAAAUAGCGGAGGCAUUGGAGGCAAUGAAGUGGAGACAACGCGACAACCGAUGGCUCAACCAUUGGCUCAAUCGUUGAGCAAAAGAAUACGAAACGGAAGGCGAAAGAAAGAGAAGCGACAGAAGAGUAAGUCUGAGAAUAGGGCGCGAAAGGCGUUGAGAACGAUAUCAUUCAUUUUGGGCGCAUUUGUUCUCUGUUGGACUCCUUAUCACAUCACAGCUCUGGUCGAAGGCUUUUGUUCCGAUCGUAUCAAUGGAUGCGUUAAUAGACAUCUAUUUUAUUUCACAUAUUUUCUCUGUUAUGCCAAUAGUCCACUGAAUCCAUUCUGUUAUGCACUUAUGAACCAACAAUUCAAAAAAGCCUUCGUUAGGACCUACACAGGACUUAAUGGCCUAACCCUUUACAACAAUACCAGUCGAUGCCAUCACAUGAUAAUCGACCACAUUCUGCCAAUUCUGCCCAUUCUGGCCAUUCGAUAG